AUGCGCGGGCGCGCGCCUGGCUUCGACCGUACGAGCACACAGAGAAACGGAAGGGGAAAAAAGAUCGGAGAAGCCCACGCUCCGAAGGACCGCCAAGAGGCGGGGGAGCCCGCGCCCCCGACCGCCUCCCCCCGCGAGGGGAGAUGCCGACCUCACAUGCCGUCCUUCGGAGGCGGCCCAGGCGCCCGGGCUCGGCCCGGCCUCCGCGCAGAGGGCCACGCGGCGCGCGCCGGGCACGCGGGGGGCACGGCGGCCCGCCCGCUCUCGCUUUCACGGGACGACGCGCACACAUACACACACGGCUCGGGCCACACGCGGCCGGGGGCGCGGCCGUCGGCCCCCGCACACGCCGGCUCCCCUUCGGCCCCCUUCACCGCGGGGCUCGCGGCGCGCCGCCGCGCCGCCGCGCGACGGCACGCGACGACGGCCGUGCCGCCGGCGCGCCUUCCCGCCCGGCGGGACCGCUCCCGCCGGGCGGGCCAGCGUCCGGGCGGACGCGCUCCGCCGCCGGGCCCGGAGGCGGACGCCACCGAGACCCGAUCCAGCGUCGCCAGCGCCCGAGGCCUGCCGGACGGCAGGCCCCGCCGUCGCCAGGGCCGCACUCCCGGGGCCGCCGCCGCCGCGUCGCACCGCCGGGGCCCCUUGCCUCGGCACGCGCCCGGCGGAAGGCGUACGGCGCUGAGCCGGGGGGCAACGCCCGCUCUCCUCGUUUUCACGCGGAGACCGGGCGGGGGAAGCGCCCCCGCGGCCGCCCGCACGCCUUCCUACGGCCCACACGCGGCCGGGAAGGGCGACGGAGGACGCGACGUGCAGGGCCCGGGACGGGACCGCCGCCGGCGACGGCGGGCGCCCUCCGGCCGACCGUCCCCGCUGGGGGGGACACCCGUCGAGCGGCGCCGCCGCCGCUCGGCACGGGGUCGCCCGCGCUCGCGGGCCUCCGCCGACGGAGGGCCCGCCAGACGCUCGCCCCCCGGGCGGGCGGGCGAUCGAGCCGGGCGGGGGACGGCCGGCGGACGGCGCCGCCGGUGCGUUCGAGGAGGAAAGGCCGCCGAGGGGAGAGGGGCCGGACGCGCGGGACGCGGCGCCGCGCGCGCGAGAGACCGCGGCAAGCGGGCCGAGGAGAGAGCGCGGCAGGCCCCGGCGGCCGCAACCCCGCGGCCGAGGAAAGGCAGAGAGCGGGCGCUCUCUGCCGGCGUCGCCCGUUACGACGAGGCGAGCGGGUCGGCCCCCGCGGCCGACCGCGCGACGCGGCCUCUCCGCCGAGGCCGGGCCGCGGAGAGGGGGGGGCAGGGCGCCCCUCCCCGGCGCGGCGCGGUUACCCCCGCGCUCGCGCGCGGCGGGGACGACGACGACGACGACCGCGACGGAGGGAGCGCGGCCGGCGGCCGCGGACACCACCGCAGGGGCUCGGCGGGAGUAGCUGCUCCCCACCCCUCAGUGGCGCCGCACCGCCGCCCGGCGACAACCACCGCCGCCGCCGCCGCCGCCGCCGGCACCGCCGCCGCCACGGCGGGCCGCGCCGAGCCGCCCGAGUCUUUAAACCGCCGCCCGGCUCGCCGGCCCCCUUUCGGCACCCCCGCAGCGGCGUUUGGCGACGCCGAGGGGGGAAACCUGGGGGGGGAACCGCCGAGGCGCGGAGCGCUAGGUACCUGGCCCUGGGGCGAGGGAAACGACCUGCAUGGCCCCGCCGGGGUGCCUCCCCCGCUGCCACCCUCGGGGGAGCGUCCACCGGCGGGGGCGCGCCCGCCGUCUGCCGCCACCACCGCGGCGUCCUUCUCGGGGACCGCCGCGGCUCGGGCCGCCCCGCCGGCGCGGGGACGCGGCCCGACCGCCGAGCGCGCCGCGCCCGCGCGCGCGCGCGGCCCGAAGCGCGGCCCGGAACGCCCGGAGGGCUCGGCCCUCGGCCGCGCGAGGGGCACCGCUCGGCCCGAGAGCGGGAGCUCCGCCGACGUGGCAAAGCCCCGCUCCCCGGUGCGGGAAGGGCCGGAGGAGCCGCCUCCUCCGAGCCCCGAAGGCGCCCCCGCCACCCGCUCCCUCACCAUUUCCACAUCGGCCGCCGACGGGUGCCACGGCCGGACGGCCGGCCGUCGCUCGACGGGCGAAGCAGCGAGGGGAGGGACGGGCGCGCCUCCGGGAGGGGCCGUGCCGAGCACCCCUCCCUCCCGGCACCCGGGCGGCUUUCUUGCGCGCUCCGAGGAGAGCCGGCCUCGGGAGAACUCGGGCCGCCGCCAGCGGGGCGCCCGCACGCGACACCCGGCGACCGGCGUUCGGCGGCGCCGGCCGCGGUGGGCGGGAGGCUCGGGGCCGGCCGCGGCCCCGCUCCCCGGCGGGGACGGACCGGCGGCAGACCGGCGCAAGGCGGGGGGAAGGAGGAGGAGGAGGAGGAGGAGGAGGAGGAAAGCCGCCGCGACAGCGGCCCGGCACGCCGCGCUUCGAGGCCCGGCCGCGACGCGCGGUGUAGCGCGGGGUCAGCCCCGCCCGCGCGCACGGGUUCCGCGCGCCUCCGUCACUCUCUCUGGGGCUGCGGCGCGCGGCCUCGACGGGAAGGGCGUGUGGCCUCCCUGGUGCCGACCGAGGCCGGCGGGCCGGGGGGCCGAGCGUUCGAACGGAGCGGGCGUGCGAGCGACGCCGCGCGCGCGGCCGGCCGGACGGCCCGGCAACGCGGCAGGCGCCGAGCCCCACCGGUAA